AUGCCGGAAGCUCUUGCGAAUACUAAUCUUUUUAAACCAAUCAAGGUUGGUUCGGUGAACCUUAAUAAUAGGCUCGUGCAUCCACCUACCACUCGUAUUCGGAAUACCGAUGAUUUAGUCGCUACUGAUUCGAUGCUCAAGUAUUACGAGCAGAGAGCAGAAUGCAAUGACGGUGGCUUACUUAUUGCCGAGGCCACAUUUCCAGCACCGGAAUUUGGUAUCUAUGACUAUGCGCCAAUGAUAAAAACGGACAGGCAAGUUGAAGCCUGGAGAAAGAUUGUUAAGGCUGUUCACGAUAAAGGUGCUGCCAUGUCUCUUCAGCUUUGGAAUUUGGGAAACACGGCAGAUGCCGCGCAGUUGAAGAAGCACGGCCUACCAUUGAUUGCACCUUCUGCUUGGUACUUUGAUGAGCAAAGUAAAAAGGCUGCAUUUGAAGCAGGAAACCCUAUCAAGCCGUUGACUAUCGAUGGAAUUCAUGCCAUGGUCAAGGAAUAUGCUGCCGCCGCUAAAAGGGCAGUUAAUAUCGCUAAAUUCGACUUUGUAGAGAUCCACGCUGCUCAUAUGUAUCUCUUGGAUGAGUUUUUGAACGAGUGCUCCAAUAAGAGAACUGAUGAGUAUGGUGGCAGUAUUGAGAACCGAGCCAGGUUCACGCUAGAAGUUGUGGAUGCGUUGAUUGACGCUGUUGGUGCCGAUCACGUUGCAAUAAGACUCUCACCUUAUGCACGGUUCCAAGGUGGUCAAAGUGUUGAUGCGAAGAUUAAUCCAAUUGUAGUCUACGGCUACGUGCUAAGCGAGCUAGAAAGAAGGGCCAAAGAGGGUAAUAGAUUGGCAUACGUUUCAUUUGUAGAGCCAAGAGUUGCAGGUGGGGAGAAUAGCCCAGAAGCCGCCAAGUUGAACACUGCUUGGGUCAACGAGAUCUGGAAGGGCAUCAUAAUUAGGUCGGGUGCUUUACUUAGAGAUGAAGACUAUACUCUACUAAAGAAGUAUGUCGACGGGGACGAUAGAACACUUAUUGGAGCUUCUAGAUACUACACUUCGAACCCAGAUCUUCUAGACAGACUUAGAAAUGGCUAUCCGUUGACCCAUUACGAUAGACCAAGCUUCUAUAUCCCCAUGUCCAAUGCCGGAUAUUUAACCUGGGCUAAAUAUUCAGAGAGGCCGCUAGACGAGAACUCAGAGGUUGCCAAGGCCAUACCUCAGCCACUUGCUUGA